CCGGACUUGAAUAAUAACACCUACCCUAUGCUGCUCCCCUCCCGUUCAUCGACCAUACUUGGCUUCAGCCCGGGAAUUGGGGUCCUCUCCCGGAGUUUAUCUAGAGUUCCACGGAGCCUGCUGGACAGGGUAGUGGAGCGGAGGAAGAGACUUGGUCAGAGCAGAUUCCAUCACACAGCACCCCCAACAAUGUCCCCAACAGCAUUCCAACAGCAUCCCCAAAAGCAUCCUCAACAACACCUUCCGCCAUCAGCCAACCCAGAUCCUUAUAGUCCGAGUCAACCUACUUCUCCCAAUGCCGCUCUCCGCUACAAUGAAUGUCAAGACACAUUCCCAAAACAACACCUCCUACGCACCCACAUGAAGAAGCACUCCCUCCCGUUCAAGUGCACCGAAACCACCACACAAGCAGCCGGUGGCGGUGGCGGCACGACGAGGAGGGACAACCACGACCGCCAUGUUCGGCAGCAGCAUCCUCGUCGCCAGCACGAGGAUGAGCGGGAGGAAGACACUUGUACUACGCGCAUGGCUCACAACAAGGUGCGGCUGUCGGGCAUGAGACACAAAUUUCAUCUCGAGGUUUUCAGGAUCGAGAGGACGGUCGGCGUCUUCAAAGACCCACGCAUAUAGGCCUCGCCGCGUCGCCACGAGCCCGAAGUUCCCUUGUCAACCCCCGGACGCAGUUUUAACCGCGCCUUGCCUCCAGUCUAGCCAGAACCCAGACUUGGUCGUCAGCAAUCGCUUUCGGCACGUGGUUUCGUGGGGUUCUCUUUUCUAC